AUGGACUUCACUUCUAAUUAGCACACUGGAAGUUAGCCUAAGCAAUAAAUUGUUACUAAUACAAGAUAAAAGGAAAAUUCUUUACAAAGAGUUGCCUAUCGCAAGAGUUCUGAUCUUUAACUCAAUGGGAAGGACACUUAAAAUAUUUCUAACUCUCAAUAAUACUAGCAGUAACCUCUUAUAUAAGAGAAUUAAAUUAUUAGAAGCAAUCAAAAAGACAGCAUUAAGUUUGGGGGUAAAAGUGAGGAGCAAGUCUCUAAUGGGCAGCAAGAUGAGUCGACGAGAGAAAACAAAUCUAAGAAUGUCUAGAGUAAUAAAGUGUAAAAUAAAAGGAGAAACACCCAAAUGUGCGUUGAUAAUCGAAGCAAUAAUAGAUCAGAAUUCGAUCUAAUUGAAAUGAAUAAUUCAGAGGUAUUGUCUUCAUGGGAUGAUGAAAAAAUGAUGUAAACUCCAGAGAAAAGCAGUCAAAAUAGUUAAAACAUAAAUAACAAGCAGGAAAUUAGUAGUAUAGACUAGAGCAAUAAGCUAAACAACCUAGUGGGAUCAGAUCUCCUUAUAUAUUUGUCCCUCACUUUGAUGUAAAAUUAUUUAAAUUUCUAAAAAUUUUUCUAGUAUUCAAGGUUACCUAAAAUACCAAGUAAAUAUGACAAACUUAACAUGUACUAAUUUAUCAAAAGAGGACAAAUUUCAGAUUUUGAUAGAAGAUAUAUUUGGCUGUUUGCUUCUGGGGCUUUAAGGCAGAUGUUUAACUGUGAUCCCUCUUAAUCGUAUGCACAGCUCCUCAAAUACACUUAAAACAGCUUUCCAAAUCCAAAUUUCAAGCAAAUCUAAGUUGAUCUAAAUAGAACCUUCUAAGAGGAGGCCAUAUACAAGAAUCCCUAGAUGAUUUAAAAGAUUGAUAACAUUCUUAGAGCUUAUUCUAUUAAAAAUCCCACAAUAGCACUUGUUGACUAGAAAGUUUUCAGCUAAAUAUUUUAGGAAAAAUAUCCAGAUCUCUUUGGCCAUUUGAUGUCGUUAGGAUGUGAUCCAUCACUCAUAACUUUCUAAUGGUUUGCAUGCUUUUUUGCCUACAAUGUUCCUUUUAAAACACUAAUCAGACUUUGGGAUCUAUUUUUCUUGAAAGGAGUAAAGAUACUUUUCAGAUUUUCUCUAGCAGUCAUCCACUUUAUCAAAUAGGACCUGAUAUAAACACAAGAUUUUUUCGCAAGCAUGCCAAGAUAUAAAGUUAGUGAGAGACAAAUUAAUUAAAAACGUGAUUUAUGGAGAUAACCUGUAAUUGAUGAAAUCUAGGGUAUUUAGAUCGAAAUAAAAGAAUCUAUCAAUUCAAGUAUUAAUAGAGUGAAGUUUCUUAAUAAGUUUUACUUGUUUACUGGUAUAGCCAAGACGUUGUAAUCAAAAUAAACUGGUUUUGACAUUCUUAAGACGGAAUGUGUAGAAUCCUUGACUUGCAAAGAAAAAUGGCCUGUUUGCCUUUUCGAUUUUACUUAUAAAAAUAAGGUUCCAGAAUUCUUUGUAUUUAGGGUCCAUAGUUCAAAAGUGGUUAUAUGUGAAGAUCAUUUUUCUGUUGAAAAUUUAGAUUACGACAGGACUCUUAAAUGCCACAAAGACUAGAAUAGAUCAAUGCUCAGAAGUCUAAAUAUCAGUUUAGAUGAGAGAAACCUAAUGCUAUCCUCUUCAAAUCAACAAAAUGAAAAUGAAAAUACUAAUAAGAGCAGCAAACUCAGAAUUGACAUUGAUGAUGAUGAUAAUUUUGAUGAUAAGGACCUUUUAAUUGAACGAAACAGACAUUACUGCUGCAAAUAGUCAAUCGAACAAUUUAAGCAUUUGAUUCGAAAAAAUGAUCACUUUUUGUACACAUCAAGCCAUCUAAACUUCAAAAUAGAUUAGGAUACCAAAUCAUAAGAGAAAAUUGAAAUGUUUGUUCAAUAAAUCAAUCAUCUCUACGAAGAGAGCGGAAAAAUAUAAACCCUAUUGAGAUGCUUAAAGAGAUCUAAUUCAGAGUACACCUAAUUUGUUCCAACAGCUAGAAUCAGAACUUCAAGUCAUGAAGAAGACAAAUUUAGAAGUAUACGAAAAAUUGCGAAGACUCCACAUGCAGAGCGUUUUAAGGACUUUAGAAAGCGUACUUAAAGUGGGAAACUAGACACAAGAGCUGACCUAAAGGAUAAACUAAAUCUCCAGAAAUAUAAGGGAGAAAUAGGAAAUCUCGAAAUCUGUACGCUAGCUUGCUUAUUUAGAAACCUAGAUAGAAAGUAGCUUGAAAACUAUCUCUAUGAAGGGAAAAAGUAAGGCAUCGAACUAUUCGAGACUUUUCUAGAAGGCUUUGAUUAAGAGUAAUAAAGAAAAACUGCUACGAAUUCUCCGGAGAAGAUAGAUUAAACAAGCUAAUACUGA